GUUGUCAAUUGCUUCUACAGAAGCUCUGUCACUAAGAAAAACGAAACACUUAACAGUUUCUGUUAAAAGCAUAAGCGAUGUCAUCAACCGCGGUGUUGUUGGUUAAAGAAAAAGUUUUUAAGGGAGGGAAAAACCGAACUUACAAAACGUUUGGUAACACUGCGCUCGACAAAACAACAAAGACUGCUCGAAAGUCGUCAUUCGACAAAAAAAACAUAGCCAAGAAGUACCGUUUCAGCGAGCGCGAGUGAUUGUGUGUUUGCAUAGCAAUAGAAAAUAUACAUUUUAAGGACAAAGUGCAAGAACCGAGUUAAUGCUAAAUCAGGAUUAAGGAAAUAACAGAAAAGCUACGAUGCACAUCUGAUGGAGAAAAGUCCCAAGCACUUUUAGUUUGGUGUGUGUGGGAAAAAUCGAUCCGAAAACGGGAAAACCGAGGAGAAAAUGGCAGCCUAAAAACACAGUUCCAAUUGUGAUACAAACGCAGUACAAAUUAGUUAACAACUAGCUUAAAUGGCAAACGACAAGGUUUUAUAGCGAACUAUUUGCCGCAAAUCCAAAAUUAAGCACUGAAAAGCUGCCAGCCAAUAAUUCACUUAUUUUCGAGUGCAAUAGAAGCCAAAAUUCUUAACUAACAAAAUUCGUCUUAACAUUCCUGCGCAACAUAAAAACAACAAAAUGGCUGUAAAAACGUACUAGGCCAGCCCUCACAAUGUCUGUCCCUGUACGCUUCUCCUCCGCUGCCGCCGAAUACGCCGCCGAACAAGAGCAACAGCAACAACAGUUGCACCUGCAACAGCAGUUCGAGUACGAGCAAUUCCAGCACUACCAGUACCAACGGGAGCAGGAUAUCGCCUACUAUUGCCAGUUGCAGGCGGCGCGGCAGCAGGAGCAGUUGAUGCAGCAGAGGACAUCGAUGUCGUCGUCGGUUAUGCCAGGCCUAGCCUUGCCCCAGGACCACCACGAGCACCAGGACUACCAGGACCACCCGGCCACCGCCAGCGCAGGACCCCUCGACAACAACAACGGACUCACCAUGGACGCCCACAGCAUCAACGCGAUUCUGGUCGACGACGAGCAGCCCUCGACUUCGGCUCAGGCUGCGGCCGCUGCUGCUGCAUCCGCUGGUGGAUCCGGCGCAUUGGGCGGACCUGGCGGACCAGGACAAGGCGGUGCCUCUGGUGGGGGCAAGCUGGCCAACGGCAUCAGCCGCAAUGCAGAGAUGCCAACUGAUUGGAUGAGGAUUGCGGACGAGGGCCGGUAUGGGACACCGGGUGCUGCUGGCUUGGAAUAUCAGAAGUACGAACAACAACAGCAACAACAACUGGAGGAUCUGGAAGCAGAGGCGGCAGGAGGCGCCGUCGGCGGAGCCAACAACAACGGCGAGCCGUCGUCGUCCUCGAAGAAGCUGGAGGACCAGCUGCACGCCCUCACCUCGGAUGAGCUGUACGAAACGCUCAAGGAGUACGACGCUCUGCAGGACAAGUUCCACACGGUGCUGCUGCUGCCGAAGGAGUCGAGGCGUGAGGUGACUGCCGGAGGACGGGACGGAUCCGCCUACGUGCUGCGCUGCCUGAAGAUGUGGUACGAGCUCCCCUCCGACGUGCUCUUCUCCGCCAUGAGCCUGGUGGACCGCUUCCUGGACCGCAUGGCCGUCAAGCCGAAGCACAUGGCCUGCAUGAGCGUAGCCUCGUUCCACCUGGCCAUCAAGCAGCUGGACUUGAAGCCCAUUCCCGCCGAGGAUCUGGUUACAAUAUCUCAGUGUGGUUGUACCGCUGGCGAUCUGGAACGCAUGGCCGGCGUGAUCGCCAACAAGCUGGGCGUUCAGAUGGGACACGCACCGAUCACCUCCGUGAGCUACCUGCGCAUCUACUACGCCCUCUUCCGCAACCUGGCGAAGGAGAUCGGCGGCGACUUCUUCAAGUUCUACCAGCAGCUGAUCAAGCUGGAGGAGCUGGAGAACCGCCUGGAGAUCCUGAUGUGCGACGUGAAGACCACCGUGAUCACGCCCUCGACGCUGGCGCUGGUGCUCAUCUGCCUGCACCUGGACUUCCACAUCAAGGAGUCGUACACGCGCGGCAGUCCGGAGCUGAAGCACGUCUUCGAGUACAUUCUCUUCCUGCAGCAGUACAUGAGGAUCCCCGACCGCGUUUUCACCUGCGGCUUCAGCAUCGUUUCGGGCAUUCUGUCCCACUACAACGGGCAGAACAAGGCGCCCUACAAGCAGCGGCUUGUCUGGAAGCUGUCCAGUCGCACGCUGCGCGUCCUGCGCCCCAUCAACCGCUUCUCUUCCGACCUGCCCACCAUUGAGGAAGGCAUCUCCAACGCCCUCGACGACGGCCUGCGUUCGAGAACCGAGAGUAUUAGCUCUGAGGAGGAGGAGGACUGGCCCACUUCACCCAUAAUUCCAAUUUUCGAACAAUGUUAGAAUCCAGAGGCCAGCCAGCAGCAGAAGAGCAGCAGGGACAACGGCUGGACACCUGGAGCAGCGGACAAAGAAACCAUCAACCAGACGCCCACUCGGCACACAUCCUGCUUUCCUGGGGCCACCGUCCUCCGGGAGAUCAGGCACCAUACAGACAUAUCCCCACCAGAAGCGAGAGGAGCGCCGGCAGGAGGUGGGUGGAGGUCCUCGGGAGGAUGUGUGUCCGCGAGAGCGUUCCGCGAGCUAGUCCGUAGUAGUGCUGGUUGAGGUAGAGUGUGUAUAUUUUGCUAAAGUGCAUCAUAAUUCUUUUGGCACAUACUCGUACACAAGUGUGUAUUUGGUAGCGCUGGUUCUAACAUUUAAGAAACUAUUGAGAUACGGAAAUGUGGGCGGCAAGGGGCCGAGCAGCCACGCCUUCCCUUUUUGAGAAAGUUGCCCAGAGUAGCGCCCCCCACAAUUUUUUUCGAUUUAUUUGCGGCAGACAAAAAAAUACGUGAAAAAAAAAAAACAAAAGCAAAAAAAAAUAUAAAAAAAAUCAAAAUGAAUGCUGCGGACCAUCAUACAAAAGAUUGAUGCCGUUCCGGAUCAUUAUUCGAGAUCAGUGAGAGAGAGAAUUGAUUUGAGAAUUGAGAGCCCACGCCGAAAUCCCGAACAUCUGGAAUGGGAAAGCAGUUUUUUGUUGGUUGCGCUUGGAACCGUCAAAAAAAAUUCAAAAAAUCACAAAACAAAAACCACUAAACAAAAAUUUUUCAUCAGACCCUAAAUUAGUUGUAAUCACUAUGUUCUCUUUGUUUGUCCCGCUCUUAUCAGUUAAUGUAAAAGCCCCGAAUCAAUGGACCCAAAAAAAAAACCACAAAAAAUCAUAAAAUCUAAAAAAAAGUACAAAAGUUCUUUAUGUAUAGACCGACCUAAAAGUUAAGCUUAACAGCAAAAUCAACAAAAACAAGGUCAGAUCAGAUUAAUCAGUAAUUUUAGCCGCGCUCAAAGGAAGUAUAAAGAAAAACAAAAACCAUAGAAGAACUAAAGUAUAUUUCGCCGCCUGUAUUGACUAAGAACUAACAAUAACAAUUAAAUUAAACAAAGAUACGAAGAAUCCACAAUAUGUAGUGUGUGUCUAGUAGAUUUUUCUCUGUAUAUCAAAUCGAAAACCAAUCAGAAGCGAACUCAAUUUCCGCCCUUAAGAAAUCAAGCGAAAGCACGACAAAUGCAAUCUGUCAUUAUCAUACGCAGCUAAGUAAAUUUGUUAUUAUUACGCAAUUGUUUAUCACUCGAACAAUCAAUCAAUCAAUCAUCUUGAAGGCAUUGAGAUUUAGUUCGAGUACCUCGGUGAUCCCUUUUUAUAUAAUACCUUUACAUAUUAUUAAUACACGAGCUAAUUCUUCUUUUUUGUUACAUAAUAUUAUUUAACUUAUUAAACAAAUUGUAAACAAAAUCCAAUCUUAUGUUGUACCAUACAUACGAAUCUACCAAUUAACCCUAGUUUAAAGCAAACCAGCGUUUAGACAAGGCCAAAUUCAAUUCAAUACAGAUUGAAGCGCGGCGAACUUGAGCAGAAAUUAUGAUGCAACAUUUAGCAAGAUGUACCGUUAGGGUCAAGCGAAGAGGAUUAGAGAGCAUAGGCAGCAGAACUAACGCAGAGCAUAAAAACAAUUGAAAUUUCGCAUAUUUAGAAACAGAAACGUUUCCCUUUUUACCACUUCGAUGCGGAAUGUGCAAACUCUUGUCUGUAAAUUUGAAUAAAAUGCGUUUGCCCGCCCCAGGGCAUUCAGAUUUCAUGAAUAUUUACAACAAACUCGCCUGUUUUAUUUGAAUUGUUGCAGUGCAGCGGUGACUUCGUCGAAAUGUGAGUACACCACCAUUUCCAAAAUCCCCAGCAUUCCGAAUUCCUGAGCGCGCAACCAAUGUAAAUAAACCCCGGCGACUUUGCUGUAAAUAUUCAAGGACAAUCAAUCUUUAAUAAUUGUGCAAUAGAAUUGUAAUUUAGAACCUUUCCACGGCCAGAAGAUCAGAUCUGUAAUAACCGAAAACGAAAACAUUGUUAACACAGGCUAACGCUGACGCGAAAUGCGAAACAAUUAACUAUAUUUAAGCGACAGAAGAUCAUGUGUUCAGUGGCGAAAAAAACACGUUUUUAGCUUAGUCCAACUUUUAUUAAGAGCCAAUUGACAAAUAAGCGAUUAAGAGAAAGGUGAAAGCGGUGAAAGAAGUCUAGAACUAAGUUUUUUACCAUCGUCUGCCACGGGCUGAGAUUUCAUAAUUUUAAAAACUAGCAAAUUUUACAUUGUAUUUAGCGCGGAGUUAGUUAAAUAUUUGCAAGGAUCAACAUCAAAAAAAGGAAAAUCUCAAUUAUUGUAAAGUAUAUUUAAUUUUAGUCCUUAUUUAAUGACUCAUUUCCAAUCGUGAAGUUUGAGCUUAUAUUCGGUUGAGGUUUAGUUACGACGCGAGAUACAUUCAUUCUGUACAUUACGAACCACUCAUUUUAAUUUAUUCGAAGUUUCACAACUUGUAAUUAACAAUUAGGUUAUACUUUAGACGUCCACCAGAAUCAUUCUUAAGCAAAUUGAUCAUUGUGUAAAGAAAAUAUGGAACAAGUUGUUUAAAAACAGCUGAAGCUCGUGAUUUAAAUCAUUGUACACACAUUACAACAAAUAAAUGGAAAAAAGUAUUAUUAAAUGGUAAA